GUAUUUUUUAUUCGACAGUGUUUUAAUACUUCAUAUGUUGUUAUAUAUCGGGAAUUUCAUAUUCUUUUAAUGGAAUCGCUAUAAUGCUGAUAAAACAGCAUUAAUUACUACGUUGCAUGAAUUCGAGGAGGUUCUGUUCGUGGAAAUAAAGAAAUCGCAAACAUUUUUACUUUCCUGUUUAUACACACCCGGACGUGCCCGCCGACAUAGUCGGUAGUCGUCUUAAACUACUUGCAAACUCUAUAUCUAUUUUGUAAAAGAUCCCGUAAACGUGGCCAACUGAUAUUCUAUGGAUACCAGCAAUAACCAUACCUUAAUUAAUGGCGGAGAAUCAUCGGGCGAACAGACGCACAUCACGAUGCAGGGCUAUCGUGAUGGUAAUGUCUUUAAUCCUGCGUGCCAAACGAGGAUGCAUAGGAACUUCAAAUUAUUAGCGGAUCCGCAGUUGUUGAAAUGUGGUACCAAGUUAUAUCGGUAUGACGGCGUUGUUCCUGGAGACCCGACGUACCCAACAAUAACACCUCGCGAUCCACGAAAUCCACUUAUUCGAAUUCGAGCCAAGCCUGUCGAACCUUUAAUGCUGGUUGUACCCCGAUUUGUGAUCGAUUCCGAUUAUGUCGGGCAGCCACCUGCAAUUGAAGUUACGGUUGUUAAUCUAAAUGACAAUAUCGACAAGCAGUUCCUUUCUAGCCUUCUAGACAAGUGCGGGCCCACGGAUGAAAUAACUAUAUACCAUCAUCCAACGACAAACAAGCAUUUGGGCAUCGCGCGUAUUGUCUUUGAAAGCACCAAAGGAGCACGACAGUUUGUCGAAAAGUAUAACCAGAAAUCAGUGAUGGGAAAGAUAUUAAACGUAUUCUGCGAUCCUUUUGGUGCCGUUCUAAAGAAAACAAUUGAUAAUAUUACAAAUCCUGUUGCACCUCGACCAUUGGCACCGAUCACACCUCAUUCGACAACAACGCAUAUUUCGGUAAAUGAACAUUUUCAUGAAUACACAGAAAAGGAAGAUCCACAUUUAGUUUCUGGAAGUGGUUAUAACGCUUAUUACAAGAGUUCCGCGUAUGGCGAAGUGGAAAGAGAUCGGCAUAGAGAUCGAGAUCGUCUUAUAAAAGAACGUCCACGACAUUCCGUUGAAAGAGGCUAUGAUCGGGAACGUGGGUCACGUCAUAAGUAUAGUAGUUCACGUCAUGGUCGCCAUUAUUACUCUCGAGGAUCACGGGAGAGGAGUCCGGACAUAAGCAGAGAUCGUUUAUAUAGUUCUAGAGACAGAGAUCGAGACACAAGGUCAUAUGAUUAUUCUCGCUCGAAAGGACGAGAUAAAUUUCGAGAGCGCAAUAGAUCAAGAGAUCAUUCUCGCGAUCGGAUGAGGGACAGAAGAGAUCAUCGCUUAAGUUCGUCAAAGGAACGGGAUUACCGAGAACGAGAUCGUGACAGAUCUAUGGAUAUUGAUGGUGAUCGGAAGGAGCGCAUUAGUUCUAAGCACGAUAUACGCUAUGAAUGCACUGAAGACGAAAAUGGUACCUCAUCGGUGUUUCAAAACCAACAAUAUUAUUCUGGCAUUCCGGCACCUAACCAUAUACCGUCUGAUUAUGGAUAUAACCAUUACAGCUACACUAUGAGUGAAAGUGUUCAAUCAUGGAGCAGCUCCCACCGAAGGUGGCCCGCCCCACAACCAGACUCACAGAUUAUACCGCCACCACCUCCGCCCCAAGAAGAGGAAGAAAACUGGGACGAUCCACAACCUCCACCAUCAAAGUCAUAUUCAAAAGAUAUCUCACCUUCAACGGAGGCAGUUGGUGUAAAGCAACAACUAUCACCAAAACGAGCACAGUCAAGCAAGUCGAAUAAUAAUCUCGAGACAGCUGCCGAAUCAGAGACAAACUCAGAGAACGUUGACUUGGACACACGUAUUGCACUCAUAUUUAAAGGCAAGACCUUUGGAAAUGCUCCACCUUUUCUGCAAAUGGAUAGCAGUGAUUCUGAAACAGAAAAGCCUAAGGUUGAUGAUAUCAAUGAGGCAGGGGAUUCGAAUCAUUCAAAUAGCAACCAGAACAAGCAUGGAACUGAUAAAACUCUUUCGGCUUUACAGCAGCAAGGCGCUAGUGAUAUAUCAAGUGAUGACGACAUUCUGAUUAAGAAAGAAAUUCCGGUCCCUGUUGAAAAGUCUGAAGCAAAUGAUAACAAUGACGAUAACAUGUCUUUGUCAAGUUUAUCAUCACAUGAAGAAACGGUAAAAGAACCUGCACAUCCGUCAACCCAACUGGCAUCAAAAAUGAUGUUUGCAGGAUAUACGGAUCCCCAUGCAUCAAAUCAUAAUAAUUAUUACUAUCAUCAAUCAGCAUAUGGAUAUGGUCACUAUCCAUCUGCCAUAGCACCGAGCUCCGGAUUGACCGGAAAGUACUUUUCGAACCCUGCGUAUAUGCAAGCACCAUACCUCCCGGGAGUUGUUUCGGCAGACUCAUUCAAUUUAGAUCCGUACAUGCAAACAUAUGGUUAUCAGCAUACCCAGCCGGAUCAAAAUGAUGAGGUGAAGCAAAACGUUAAAAAGGUUAUGAAUAUUAUUGUUGAAGAACUGAAACAAAUCCUUAAACGAGAUGUUAACAAACGCAUGAUUGAAAUGACAGCUUUCAAGAAUUUUGAGGCUUGGUGGGAUGAGCAAACGGCAAAAGCGCGUACAAAACAAUUGCCAGCAGUUGCCGAGACCGGUACAACUAAUAACAUUGCAGCGGAAAAACAAACAUUGCAGGAGAAACCGCCCGACAUUAAUCAAUUAAUUAAUACGCAAAGAGAAAUUCCAGACUUUCAGUCCUUCACCAGUAUUGGUAUACGAGCUGCAAUGCCUAAAUUGCCAUCAUUCCGCCGUGUGCCCAAACAUCCUAGUCCCGUUCCCGAUAAAUUGGAACGGGAUCUUAGUGACCAAGAAGAAAUGGUACAGCGUUCGGAUUCAGAUAAAGAUGAUUCAAAUUUGAGCAGUUCCGAUGCUCAAAAUCUUAGCUUAAAACGACGCACCUUGCAAAGGGAUAUUGGAAAAUUACGUCUUACAUCAAACAAUAUACGACUGAAAAGAAAGGGAAGUGCCUCAAGUUUCUUCUCGUCGUCUACGUCGUCGUCUUCCAAUAGCGAUGGUGAAAAUGAUGCUGACGAUAUGGGCAAUAGAGCAGAAAAUGACAGGAGUAGCGAUGAUGAAAGCUUUGAUGAAGACAUCCCACCCAGCAAUUUAAGUGAAAGGGACAAGUUUACCAAGAAGCGUAGACGUGACUUGAAAGCUUCCGAUGAAAAAAUAUUAAAUGUAUAUUCGGAUUCUGAGGAAGAGAAUCAAUCAAUAAAUCGAAUUUCGUCAACCAAGCGAAGUCGUUUGAAAAAAAUUGACAUUUACUCUGAUACUGAUGAAGAUGAUGAUCAGAAAACAGAGAGUAAAAUAUUUACGAGCUCUAAGCCUAAUCUCAUGUCAUCCAUUCCGUCUGACCUCGAAGACAUAAGCAAGGAUAGUUGCUUUGACAUGGACGAAACGGAAAUGGCUUCAACAUUUGAAAGAGAAUCGAAAACGGAUGAUAAAAUGGAAAGUGAAUCCCGCCGAUCUCCUACACCUGUUCCGCCACCGGAUUACAACGAAGAAACUGUAUCAAAGUCUGAUGGUUUAGGUACAGCAAAAUCUCACUUCGGGUACGAUCGUAUUUAUAGUGAUUCGGACGAAGAACGAGAGUAUCAGGAGAAGAGACGCCGAAACACAGAAUACAUGGCUCAAAUCGAGCGCGAAUUUCUAGAGGAACAACAGAAAAAAUCAAGUCAGACAGACAAUAAAUUAAACGUUGAUCUCAAUUUGGAUAUUGAUAAAAUGUCUAGCUUUGAGAUGCCUGACACACCUGAUAUUACAAAACUGCCUCCAACACCCGGUGCAAAAUUAUUAGUGGAAGAAGCAAAAAUAUACAAGAAAAAUGUUAUAGAAGCUGACGUCGAAGGAAAACACUAUUUGAGCACAGUACUGACUGAUAUUUGUUUGAAAAGUACUAAAAGUACUAAUAAUCAGUCGAUUGAGAUUGAAAAUACAAUUACUGCGAAAACAGACACCGAUCUAAAAACGGAAGUGUUUAAAACAGAUCAAUCUGGCACUCAACAGAAUGAGGAAAUACGAAUUUAUAAUGGAAAAGAGUCUCCUGUCUCUUCAGACAGUGGAUCCAGUCAAGCGUCCCAAGCUAGUCAAGUGGCAUUAGAACAUUGUUAUUCCUUGCCUCCGCAAGCACAAGGUUCAUUUGCAACCGGUGCUUCAGCGGACCAAUUUGAUUCUAAGAAUAAAAAAGAGGCGGAAAAUAUGCAGCUUGCUAGGCCUGGACCGGGAAGGCCUCGCAAGGACUCUGUUCGAGCGCAAAAGAAGAAGAAAGAUUUUUCUGUACGACAGGUUAAUAAAACGACGAAAAUGGAGUCAAUGAAGAAUACACUUUCAGAAUUAGCUCGCCAAACCUCUAACUUUGUUCCGUGUGAAAUGUUCAAUCCUCGUGAUCAAAAUGAAGAAAUGGUAAUCCUAUACACUUUCCUGACAAAAGGCAUUGAUUUGGAGGACAUUAAGUACAUCAAGAUGAGCUAUAUUGAGCAUUUGCAAAAGGAGCCAUAUGCUAUGUUUUUGAAUAAUACUCAUUGGGUUAAUCACUGCACCACGGACAGAGCGUUCUGGCCGCCGCCUCCCAAAAAACGGCGUAAGGACGACGAGCUCAUGAGACACAAAACCGGUUGCGCACGUACUGAGGGCUUUUAUAAGUUGGAUGUACGCGAGAAGGCUAAACACAAAUAUCAUCAUGCUAAGGCAAACAUACAUGACACUCAAAAUGACGAUCGAUGCGACGAGCCAACGGCAUUGACGAACCAUCAUCAUAAUAAAUUAAUAUCUAAAAUGCAAGGCAUUUCUCGUGAGGCUCGAUCGAAUCAGCGACGUCUUCUGACGGCCUUCGGAUCGAUGGGCGAGUCCGAGCUGUUGAAAUUCAAUCAGCUCAAAUUCCGUAAAAAACAGCUGAAAUUCGCAAAGUCGGCAAUUCACGACUGGGGAUUAUUUGCCAUGGAACCUAUUGCAGCAGAUGAAAUGGUUAUUGAAUAUGUUGGGCAAAUGAUUCGACCAGUAGUUGCAGAUUUAAGAGAGACCAAGUAUGAAGCGAUUGGCAUUGGAAGCUCAUAUUUAUUCCGGAUCGAUAUGGAGACUAUUAUUGAUGCAACUAAAUGUGGCAAUUUGGCAAGAUUUAUAAAUCAUAGCUGUAAUCCAAAUUGUUAUGCCAAAGUCAUUACCAUAGAGUCCGAAAAAAAGAUUGUUAUAUAUUCAAAACAACCUAUUGGUGUUAACGAAGAAAUUACUUAUGACUACAAAUUUCCUUUAGAGGAGGAGAAAAUCCCAUGUCUAUGUGGAGCUCAAGGGUGCAGGGGUACGCUUAACUAAAUCAGAGAAGGACUGGCUUUAGAUACGCUGCAAAAUUACUAAAAAUUAAUGUUAAAAAUUACUUUUAUUUUAACACCUUUUGUUAUUACAGCGCUUAGA